AUGACCGUUGCCUUCUCUUAUCCCGCCCGUCGCCUUCGCUUCUCCCCCCCGUCGCCUUCGAUUUCCCCGCGCGUCGCCUUCGCUUCCCCGCGCGGAGCCUUCGCUUCCCCGCGCGGAGCCUUCGCUUCCCCUGCGCGGAGCCUUCGCUUCCCCCGCACGGAGCCUUCGCUUCCCCCGCGCGGAGCCUUCGCUUCCCCGCGCGGAGCCUUCGCUUCCCCCGCACGGAGCUUGGGGAGGGAGGAGCGGGCCUUGAUGCUGGGCAGCUUCCCCGAGGACGAGGCGCGUCUGGGGGGGGACAGGCGGGGGAGGGAGGGGGAGAGGGAGGGCACGCGGGAGGGGGCCGGGGAGUGUUGGAGCGGAGUGAGAGCUACGACUCUCUGCUGUCAGACAUCAGCCGCGUCAGCUCCCUCGCUGAGAGGCGGAGGAGGAGGCGGAGGGGGAGGGGGAGGGGGAGUGGGAGGCGCGCUAGCCAUGCCCUUGCUCGUGGGCAUGGGCACGGGUGGCGGUGGUGCGAUGGAGGGUGCCUCGGGAGCGUACUGGGCGACGGAGGGGAGCAGCAGCAUGGGCGCCGGUGGUGCGUCGUCGGGUGCGUUCCUUGCAGUGCAAGGCAUGGGGGGCAGCAGCAGCCCCAUGGGCGGUCAGCAGCAGGGGGGGAUUUCCAGCAGCACGGGAGGGCUGGUGUUCUCUCAAUCCACCUUCUCCCCGCCCUCUCCUGCCUUCACCAUUGGCGCCUCGCCCCCGCCUCCUGCACUCACUCUCACUGCUGCGCCUGCUGCUCCUGCUGCCGCCGCUGCUCCCGUUUCUCCAGCUGCAGGCACAGGUGCCGGAGGCAGUGCUGCUGCUGGUGCUGCUGGUGCGUCCGCCCUGCGCAGCCCGGUGGGUCUGGCAGCCUCCCUGGCACCAGCGUCACAGCGCUGCUCCUCGCGACGCCCCUCUGCGCAAGGUUCCUCCUCUGACUCGGCGCGCAAGGGACCCCAUGUGCCCGCAUCUGCGAGUGCUGGCGGUGCUGGGGACGUGCUGAGGGAGCCGCUCUUGACACGGCAGCAGGAGGAGGAGGAGGAGGGGGAGGGAGAAAGGCGCGCAGCUGGCGCAGCAGAAGUGCUCAGCACCAUGGGUCCCAACAGGAGUGGGAUGGAAAGUUACCACCUUCCAGAUUUGUGCAUUGUGCCUGUAGUCCACUGGCGACAACUGUAA